UUCGCCAGUGAUCGUUAGUGACUUUAUCAAUUUUUCAGCUGGCCCUUUGAGACACGAGCGGAGGUAGUGCAGCCGUUCGACUGGCGAAAUGAACGACUGGUCGCCGAUGACCGACCAAAAGAGAUUCCGGAAGGACAGCCAGUCUUCGUAUGCACCCGAAAAGUGCGGCAGUUGUAUACGGGGCAGCGAGGUUCUCGACGCGCGCUCGCCCCCCUGCUCCGACGGCGCGGAAGACGUGGAAGCUGGCGCGGGCUUGAGGCGGUUCGCCUGUUCGGACAGGACGCUACGCUGAUGCACGAACAAAGGUCAGAAACCAGCGCCGCAGGACCUGGGACGCCCGCCUAUAGGGUCGGCGCCAUCGCCCGACUACCAGGUGGCGCGGCGAGCACCGUCGCCGAGAGCAACCAUCCGGGGAGGCAUUUUAGGCGCCCCAGAGACGCACCCGAGGGGUGGGCGUCAACGGCCGGCAAUGACAAGUGCACCCGGACAUUUUCCACGGGAAAUUCGCCCGGAAUCAUCACAAGGGGCAUCUCCGACAAGGUGCGCACGGGUCGGCGUCAACGGCGACGAAGGACGGACAACCGACGAUACCUGGUGCAGCGGUGCCAGCAGAGGAACGUCGCUACGACGCAAUAAGCGUGGAAAUAUCCACCGGAACGUUCUAGAAAGAGCCCACGCGGGGGCCGCGUGAUCUAAGUGCGUAGUUAGGAACGUUCGAGAACAAAAGUCGCGUAGAGGGGGAAGGCGCGCCGUAGUGGGGGCCAAAGCGAGAGCCAUCGCUCGGGGAAGUCUCUCUAGUAUACCCAUAGCGAACGGACGUAUACGGCGAUAGCUAUUGGAUAUACCUUACAAUUGGGAACUCCCGCGUGUCAUCGCGUUAAAUUACUCGUUCGACAUAACGAGAGGUACCCAGUUACCAUUAACAUUAAAGUGUUUGCCGAAAGCGUAGGGUAGUAAUUCGGAUACAACAUUAGCAAACGGAAGUGAAUAUCGAGUAAAUUACAAUCGUGGACAUUGGGUCUCACGACUACGAAAUAUUGUACGGACAUCGUUAUUAGUUGUAUAUAACAACCGGAAGCUCCCGUGUAAUUGCGAAUGCAAUAAUUGUUUGAAAUAAGCGAGUGACACACAGCUGUCACGUGAUCAAAGAGUGUUGGCCGUAGAACGCACAAACGGGUGCGUGAUCCAGUCAUUGUGAACCACCUUGACAAUUGUGAAACAUCUUGUAUCAUUGAAACGGCGAUCUGAAAUAAAGUAAUCGUUAAUGUUAUACAACAGUAUACAUACUUACCUUGGAGUGAUAUCCGAGCGGCAAAGUGCAUUCUGACGUGGAAACUUAUGUAUGCAAAAAGCA